GCCACAUAUACUACUACGAGCGAGAGCUGAAAAAAGCUCCCAGUCCAUUCUCGUCACAGCGUCAGCUAUGUCGUGACAACCUAAUUUCCUAAUUUCGGGUGCUUCUUGACCAAAAGAAGACCAUGCUCUCGCAGAGACUAUCACGAAUCCAAAUUCUCUCGAGCUGAGCAAUUCUUGCCAAUCUAGCAGUAUUAGUUGUUGAAACGACGCCAUGUCCCAGCCACCGGAACACACGCCUUACAGCACGCUUGAGGUCUCUCCGGGUGACCCAGAGACCUUCCAGAAGGAGGUGAUACAAUAUCCAGACCACAGUUAUCCGCAAGCUGUUCCUGUUGAACAAGCAGCCGUGGGAGGUACACAGUCGUAUUAUGGACCUGAGUCUGCGAAAGAAGUCGUAAAUCCAUCACAUAUAUAUCCUGGUGUUAUUCCAGGCCCGUAUAAAUACCCAAACUACGCUGCAGGUUCAGUUUAUUAUCAAAACGCCGCAGCAUAUCCCAACGGCGCAGGCUAUCCCGCAAGCACGAUUUAUUCUGAUGGAUCAACAUAUCCAAACAGCGCAUAUCCUUCUGCUUACGGACCCGGGCCAAUAGGCGCGGCCGGAUUCGACGGCGAAUAUCCCCCUACAGAGAGUGCAACUCCAAUAAAGACGAUAUGUGGCCUUCCAAGGAAAACAUUUUUUAUAAUUCUAGGGGUGGUGAUCGUUGUGGUGAUCGCGCUGGUAGUAGGAAUACCAGCCGGUUUAGCGAGUAAAAACCACGCGUCAGGGUCAACAGAUUCAGCGGAAUCGUCAGGGUCAGGGUCAGGGUCGGGGUCAGGGUCAAAUAAUGGCAGUCCAACAGAUCCGCCGUCGAAUUCAACAGACGAAAAACUCAUACUCGAUAAUUCGAAAAUAACCGCAUCUAACUGGACAGAUCCCAAUGGGGUCAUUCACAGGACUAUCUUUUUCCAGGAUGCAUAUAAUUCUAUUAUCGCCCGGCGUUGGGAUUCCAAGAACAAGUCGUGGAAGACAAAUAACCUAACCGAGUUGAUGGCUGCGACAACAAAGCCUCUCAACCCACAACCGGGAACACCAUUGGCGAGCGCGUCUAUGGAUUACAAGCAAACGUUCGAGACACACGUAUGGUUCACGGAUCCGGGUAACGUUAUAAGAUCUAUGGCUUCCUUCGACGCGCUUAAUAGACCCGAUAGCUGGGAUAAUGAUACGCUCGAUAAUGCUAGGCUAGAAACUUGGCCUGGCGGUCAGUUAGCGGCGAUGUGGCAACGUUGUUGGGGCGCCGAUUGUGAAGGCACUUGGGUCGUCGCCUACCAACGACCAGAAGGAGCAAUAAAGACGGCCAAUUCAAGUACUUGGGCUACCGCAACUGUAGCAGUGGACUCUAAAAAUGUCGCAGCCAAUUCCAGCUUGGCCAUCCUCCCCACGUUGCGUGGGCCAUGGCUUGAUCGUCUGGAGCUCGUCUCCGAACAAGUGACAUCCGGCACGACAGGAAGUAUGAGAAUGACGCCGUACGAUGACACGUGGGAUGGCGCUGAGCAAAAAGUAACCGAACUUCAAGACGGAAUACCACUUCCCGCUCCAUCCCAGCAGUUCGCUGCUACUAGAUGGGAUAAUUGGAACCAAGCCCUAUAUCUCGGACUCCUCCGGGGAGGCAAGACCGAGGGUAGCCAUUGGGACGGUAAUCAAAUGAACCCUAUCUCAAGUUUCCAGUUCAAAUCAGGCCCGGAGACCAACUUCACGGCCAUCGCAAUGUCGCCGGAUGCUAUGUUUUACGGGAUCUCUAACAAUGAGAUCUUAGAGUACUCGCUAGACACGUCAGAUCCGUCAAACUUCAACUACGUGGGAAGAGUAUAUCCAUGAUACUUACGCGAGAAUCUAUACUUUCUUAUUUAUCCAAACUGUAAAGGGGAAUACCUAGGCUUAGGAGGUUGGGUUUUUGACGGGUCACAUGGGAGUUAGGAGGAAACAUCUGCCUGCAUACUAAUGAGUUCCAGAGCAUCUACCAUUUUAUUCUCAUACUACUAUACUACACAGCCGCGUACUAUCCUAAAAUGGAGCGGCCUUUUUAAAGCGAAUGUUGAGUGCGGAGCUGUCGUUGUUCACUCCGUGCGGCUCUGCAACUCCGCAAUACGAUUUACUUGUAUGUAAACGAUUAAGAUACCUUAGCAAUAGAUGAACAGUGAACAAAUCAUCAACCUUAAUCUGUCGUCUUUGCUCAUCUCACAUUAAAUAUUUUAGCUCCAGCCAGAGACUUAAGGACAAGCAAGAGGCUAUGUGCAUAUGGUUUGGGAUAGUAGUUAGAUCUACGAGUAUCAUACAAGGAGGUACCAAACCAAGGUUCAUUGACAUUCAAAUCAACUUUAGCACAAAGGGACACAUAUGACAUCGAC